AUUAGCUAACUUCACAUGUUCACGUAAAUUCAUAAAUAGGAAUUAGCUCAACUAAACUGUUAUUAAAAAUGUUGUAAACAUAUAACUACUAUAAUAGAGUUAAUAACACUUGUUUCUAUUGUUAUUCACAGUUAUUGAUCAAGUAAUAUGAGAAAAAUGUUAUUCCUUCAUUCUUCGAAAGUGUUGAUAGAAAGUUUGAAUAGGUUAUUUUUAUUUGCCAAUGGCAUUUUUCCUCUACUAUACAUCCCGUCAACAUGUGUAUUCAACUUACAAUACAACAGCUAAUAAAUUUUGAAAAAAGUUUUAUUGAAAAUUAAGAAACCCUGCGUUACAUUUUUAACCCCUCUUUCUUCCCACGAAAGGUACAGAAAAAUACGUGCAAGACACUCAGUAGCAGUCAAGUGCUGUGCGUGGCUAGAUAAUAACAAGUGUAGUGAGAGUGAUUGUGGCAAGAUUGUAGUUCUGACAGAGUAAAUUAUUAACUAACUUCUAGAAAUGGUGGACCGACGUGAAGGGCGUGAAAUUUUAACAAUAUUAUUUUUAUUUAUUUUGUGGUAUGUGAUUUCCAGCAGUAAUAAUGUUGUUGGAAAGACGCUGUUGUCAGAAUUUCCCUAUCCACUGACAGUAACAAUGGUGCAGCUAACCUCAAUUACAGUAUUAUCUGGACCUUUUUUUAAUUUAUGGGGAGUCAGAAAAUCUGCUUCUGAAAUAUCCUGGAGUUAUUAUUUUAAAUUGAUUGUACCACUCGCCCUUGGAAAAUUCUUAGCUAAUGUCUUCAGCCACGUCAGCAUUUGGAAGGUCCCUGUAUCUUAUGCUCACACUGUAAAGGCUACAAUGCCUCUCUUCACUGUCAUCUUGUCAAGAAUAAUCCUCCGUGAGAAGCAGACGAAUAAAGUUUACUUUAGUCUUGUACCAAUAGUAUGUGGAGUUGCUAUUGCCACGCUGACGGAGCUCAGCUUUAAUUUUAUUGGACUUAUCAGUGCGCUUGCAUCUACAUUGGCUUGUUCUCUACAAAAUAUUUACUCCAAAAAGGUGCUAUAUGACACUGGUAUUCAUCAUUUAAGACUCCUAUUCAUCUUAGGGCGUUUGGCACUCUUCAUGUUUUUGCCAGUUUGGGCAGUUUACGACCUAAAAUCUCUGAUAACUGAGUGGGUGACAACUGAUACAAUAAGUUAUAAAGUAUUAGGAUUAUUAUUUUUAGAUGGUACUCUUAAUUGGUGUCAAAAUAUCGUAGCCUUUUCUGUUAUGUCAAUAGUUUCACCUUUAACGUUUUCGGUUGCAAAUGCAAGCAAACGGAUAUUCGUAAUAGCUGUUACACUUUUUAUAUUAGGAAAUCCUGUGACAUGGUUAAAUAUGUUUGGAAUGUUUCUCGCAAUAUUUGGCGUAUUUUGUUAUAAUAAAGCUAAGUAUGAUCAGCGACAAGCACAAAAAAAUCAAACAAUUUUACCGAAAUAUUCAAAUGUUAUGAAAAAUGGAAACUCACUGCUUAAUGUUAAUGGUUGGAGUUCAGACACUCAUCGAUUAUUGGCAGUCUAGUCUUUAAUUUAUUUAAUUAAAAAUUCAUUUACUAUUGACUUACUCAUUCAGGUUGAAUAUUUAGGCCAAUUUGAUAUUGCCAUACAAAUAUAUCUUGAUUCUAAAAUAUUUUGUCCAAAAUAAGUAUUCUAAUGUUUGUAUUUUUUUAUUUAAGUAAUCAUAAUGGCUUUUAGGCUUAAAAAAUUUUUAUUUAAUAACGAAAUGAAGUGACAUUGAUUAACACAUUCUUGUAUAGCCUUGAAUCAUUUAUCAUUGACAAAUAAUUAAAUUUGUUAUUGUAUUUUAAUGACAAUAAUCAUGUUGAUCAUUAGUUUCUGAUAUAUUAAAAGGCUCAUGGUAUAGAUAGUGCUUAAAAAUUGUGUUCAGGUAUUUAUUCAGUUGACGAUUGAUAUAAGUCUAAAGAGUCGAAAUAAAAACAAGUUUUGAAUGACUUUGUUUGCAACCGAAUUGAAUAGUAUAUACUUCUGGUUUUUUUAAUCUAGUCCUUCUGGCAAGGAAUUAGUGGCAAUUUUUUAUUAACGUGUAUUAAUAUAUCAAUUGCAGGUCCAAUUGAUAGUGCAAUUCCAUCAUUCAUAAUAAAAAAUAAUCUAUGUUUGUAUUCACCAAACUUGAUCAUACCAAUUUUGUAAUAUUAAACAAAUUUAUGUAAUGACAAGAAUGGUAUGCAGACUAGAAUAUUGAUUAGUCCUAUUUUAUACUCAUAAAACGAUUUGGUGCUAGCUAAUAAAUAAACGAUAAAUAUGAUUGAUUGUGACUUAUAUCUGUAAUUAGAGAUAGUAAAAGAAAACAUAAAAGAUUAAAAAUUUAAUUCUUAGCUAACAAUAUAUUUAAAUUAAAAUUUUCCAUUAAAUUUCGAUUCAUUUACUCCAUCUUUUGUAGUUAAAUUUGUCUUUUUAUUAUAAAAUGAAGAAAUAAGAAUUUUUGUCGUAGAAAAAUAAACAUAAAAAUUUUUAAACAAGUUUUCUACAAUAUUAUUUAACAUUAUUAAAAUUAUAAAAUGAGUGUUUCUGGAAAUUAAAUAAAUGCUACGAUUAAUAAUUAAGAUUAGCAACCUUUGAUAUGACAAUUCUAAAUCAGGCCAGUUAUUAUAAUUUCGCUCUUAAAACUUCUUAAGUGAAAAGGGGUAUAGUAAAUAGUAAAAAGCUAUUAUCAAAUUCUUAUCUUGAUGACUAUACAACUACUGAGUUACUUCCAGAGUGCCCAUUAGAUAGAUGUAUGACGUUAAUAAUAAUUAAAACUAUAUGAUUAUUAAUGUAAAUAUUUGUAAAAAAAAGGAUGCGUGCAACAGUGGAUGAGAUAGAUAGAUGAAUAAAAAAGCAAACUAUAGGACAUUUAUUUUUAUAAAUAAACGCAUGCGUACAAAAAUAUUAAUGAGAUAUGUUAGGAGUCGUUCAAGUUUGUAUCUUGAUUAAAUAAAGUAUUACGAACUCCAAAA